AUGGUUCUGAUAAAAUUUCUUGGCUCGCUUACAGUUCUUUUUUGCAGUGCCUUGGCAGACAGGCUUGAAAUAUAUACUAAGGGUUCAUUGAUCAAUCAGGCAUGUUCCGGAUUGCUCGCCGAUACAGCUUUAUAUGUAUCUCAGGAGGACGACUUAGGAUACUGUAACACAGAUGCACAACAGGCGUUGGGGUCUAUGGCCAUCUGCUUGAAGAUGAUGCCGUCCAGCGCAGGUAUAGAUUAUUUUUUAAAAGAAUGUUCCGCUGCUGGACUCACCGCGACCCAGUUUGAGGAUGCAUACAAAAAUGCAACAAAGCAUAUGGUGAACGUCACUGCUGAUCCAAGCUUCAACUUGACAAAACCUUAUUACAAGCCAGCUGAGUUGACCCAAGACGCAGUCAAUACAGCAUGGGAAUCAACAGCCAGCCGUUUUUAUAACAUGAAUCUCGGCUCUUGGUUUGGUAUUUCAUUAAUGUGUUACUGGUUCUUCGUAAUUUUUGUUAGUGGUAUAUGCAAAUUCAUUCAUUUUGCAUUUCCAAGUGUCGUAAAAUCGCUCAAGGGUAAAGUUGUCAAUAAUUACAGAAAAUUUGUGUCUUUGCCACCAACAGGAAGGAAAGACCAUGCUAGUUUAAAAAGCUUCCUUUACAUCUUCGUUUGGAUGGUCCCAACGAGACUCGAAUCAAUCUUGAUUGCUGGUUGGUUUAUUAUGGCCUUGGUUUUCAACGUUGUACGUUAUAAUCAUCAAUCGAAUAAUCUUUUUUGGCCAGGGUCAGAGUCAGCUGAGAUGGGAAGAAAAAUUGCUGAUAGAACUGGUAUUAUGGUAUUAUAUUUAAUUCCUACAUUAAUAUUGUUUGCAGGUAGAAAUAAUUUCUUGCAAUGGUUUUCAGGUUGGUCAUACUCAAGGUUUUUGAUAAUCCAUCGUUGGAUUGCAAGAGCUGCUGUUAUUUUGGUCAUUUUGCAUGCCGUUGGUAUGACUUUCAAUGGUAAAGGUAUUGGAAAAUACGAAGUAAGGAAUACACAAUCAUAUGUGAGGUGGGGAUAUGUGGCUUUAGUAGUAGGCUGUUUGAUGUGUUUCCAUUCGUUAUUGAUUUUCAGAAGAUCUCAUUAUGAACUCUUCCUUUUGUCUCAUAUUAUUUUCGCAGCAUUUUUUGUGAUUGGAGGAUGGAGACACACUUCUGCAGUUGAAGGAGUAGAAUUCUUUUAUGCGGCAAGUGCAGUUUGGAUAUUUGAUAGAGUUGUUAGAUUUGCAAGGUUAGCAGUUUUUGGUAUUCGUACUGCUACCGUUCAAUUGAAAGCCAACGAAACAUUGAAAGUUACAGUCGAAAGACCUACUUAUUGGAUCCCAUUUCCAGGAUGUCAUGCAUUCAUUCACUUUGUAAGACCUACUUGCUUCUGGCAAUCUCAUCCAUUUACAAUCAUUGAUUCUGUUAAUGGAGAAAACACUAUCACCUUCUAUUUGAAAGUGAAAGGAGGUAUGACUCAUGGUUUAUACCAAUAUUUGUCGAAUCAACCAGGUAAUAGGGCCCAGAUCAAGGUCGUUGUCGAAGGGCCAUAUGGCCAGCGUCUUCCUAUUAGUAGAUAUGAAAAUGCGGUUAUGAUAGCAGGAGGAAACGGUAUUCCAGGUAUUUACUAUGAGGCAACUUCUUUGGAGAACAGUAAAAUAACGAGGUCGGUAAAGCUUUAUUAUGUGAUUCGUCAUUAUAGGUCACUUGAAUGGUUCUUUGAAGAACUAUUGAAGUUGAAAGACACCAAGGUCCAACCUAUUAUUUAUGUCACGCAGCCCCACCUUGGCCUUUUAAAUCCAGAGCUUAUUUCUCUAUUAAAUUCAAGUGAUGAUGAAGAGGAUGAACAGGAGAAAAAAUUAGAUGCGCCAGAAGAGUCUGCCGAUUACGUCGAGAAAAUAAAGCGGAAGCUUCUGUUCAUUGAGUUCAGGGAAGGCCGACCUGAUAUUAAAACAAUAGUUGAAGCAGAAAUUACGCAAGCUGAUGGUGCAAUUGGGUUUGUCACGUGCGCACAUGCUUCAAUGGUAGACGAAGCAAGAUUAGCAGUUGCUAAUAAUUUAUCCUCUACUACCCAAAGGGUUGAUUUAUUUGAACAAAUCCAAAAUUGGUAA